UGGAGCCGGGACCGCAGCGCCCGCCGCUCGCUCGGCGCUGUAGCAGCCGCUGCCGCCGCUGCUCUUGGCUCGGGGACGCGGGCGGGCGCUCCGAGAGGCUCCGGCGCCUGCGGCUGCUGCUCUCCCCCGGCGCCCGGGGCUGCGGCGCUUCGGGUCCCGGCCCCUGGCCCGGCGUCUCUCGGGUCCCUGAGCCCCGGCCCCGGGUCCCGUGUCGGGCCGGGGAGAACGCAUUCAGCUGCUCUGCCGCCCCGGGCUCGCGCCCCCGGGCCAUGAAGAGGGGCCCGUGAGCCGCGCGCGGAGUCGGAGGAAGAAGAGGGAGGAGGGAGGCCGAGGAGGAGGGCACGGGAGGCGGAGGAUGCCGCCGCCGCUGCUGCCCCCGCCGCCACCCGCGGGCCCCCGGCGACCCUGACUCCAGACCCGAGGAUGGAGCCGGCGCUGGGCGCUGCAGCUGCUCCCGGCGCGCCCCCGACCAGUUUCAGGUAGCUGGUGUCACUUCGGUGUGGUUGGAAGAAGACUCUCUCCCCAGCUGCGUUGGAGGUGCCCUUUCGACCUGGAGGCCUGGGUCUGCUGGCCACAGGGCUGCCGCACUGGCUGGGACUGCCAGCUGGACCUGGAGACGCUGGUGGCUGUGGACUCCCCAGCUUGGAGCAGCCCCUCUUUGACCUCGCCCCGUGGAGAAACAGCCCCAUGAAGGUGCCCAGCCAUGCAAUGUUCCUGGAAGGCCGUCCUCCUCCUUGCCCUGGCCUCCAUUGCCAUCCAGUACACGGCCAUCCGCACCUUCACCGCCAAGUCCUUUCACACCUGCCCCGGGCUGGCGGAGGCCGGGCUGGCCGAGCGACUGUGCGAGGAGAGCCCCACCUUCGCCUACAACCUUUCCCGCAAGACCCACAUCCUCAUCCUGGCCACUACGCGCAGCGGCUCCUCCUUCGUGGGCCAGCUCUUCAACCAGCACCUGGACGUCUUCUACCUGUUUGAGCCCCUCUACCACGUCCAGAACACACUCAUCCCCCGCUUCACCCAGGGCAAGAGCCCGGCCGACCGGCGGGUCAUGCUGGGCGCCAGCCGAGACCUCCUGCGGAGCCUCUAUGACUGCGACCUCUACUUCCUGGAGAACUACAUCAAGCCGCCGCCGGUCAACCACACCACCGACAGGAUCUUUCGCCGUGGGGCCAGCCGGGUCCUCUGCUCCCGGCCUGUGUGCGACCCUCCGGGGCCAGCCGACCUGGUCCUGGAGGAGGGGGACUGCGUGCGCAAGUGCGGGCUACUCAACCUGACGGUGGCUGCAGAGGCGUGCCGCGAGCGCAGCCACGUGGCCAUCAAGACGGUGCGCGUGCCCGAGGUGAACGACCUGCGCGCCCUGGUGGAAGACCCGCGGUUAAACCUCAAGGUCAUCCAGCUGGUCCGAGAUCCCCGCGGCAUUCUGGCUUCGCGCAGCGAGACCUUCCGGGACACGUACCGGCUCUGGCGGCUCUGGUACGGCACGGGGAGGAAACCCUACAACCUGGACGUGACGCAGCUGACCACGGUGUGCGAGGACUUCUCCAACUCCGUGUCCACCGGCCUCAUGCGGCCCCCGUGGCUCAAGGGCAAGUACAUGUUGGUGCGCUACGAGGACCUGGCCCGGAAUCCCAUGAAGAAGACCGAGGAGAUCUACGGGUUCCUGGGCAUCCCGCUGGACAGCCACGUGGCCCGCUGGAUCCAGAACAACACGCGGGGCGACCCCACCCUGGGCAAGCACAAAUACGGCACCGUGCGAAACUCGGCGGCCACGGCCGAGAAGUGGCGCUUCCGCCUCUCCUACGACAUCGUGUCCUUUGCCCAGAACGCCUGCCAGCAGGUGCUGGCCCAGCUGGGCUACAAGAUCGCCGCCUCGGAGGAGGAGCUGAAGAACCCCUCGGUCAGCCUGGUGGAGGAGCGGGACUUCCGCCCCUUCUCGUGACCCGGGCGGCGCGGGUGGGGGCGGGAGGCGCACGGUGUAGGUUUUGAUAAAAUGGACCGUUUUUAACUGUUGCCUUAUUUCCCCCUCCCUCUCCCACCUCAUCUUCGUGUCCCUCCUUCCCUCAGCUCACCCCACUCCCUUCUGCCCCUUUUUGUCUCUGAAAUUUGCACUACGUCUUGGACGGGAAUCACUGGGGCAGAGGGCGCGUGAAGUGGGGUCUCGCCCCCACCCCACCCCAUUCAGACACACGGAUAUUGGGUCUCUGUGCGGACGGUGACAAUGUUUACAAGCACCACACUUACACAUCCACACACGCACACGGGCACCCGCGAGGUGACUUCUCAAGCUUUUGAAAGGGUGAGUGGUCGGGUAUCUAGUUUUUGCACUGUCUUACUAUUCAACGUAAGAGGAUACAAACAAGAGGACCACUUGUCUCUAAUUUAUGAAUGGUGUCCAUCCUUUCCCCAUCCCUGCUUCCUGCCCCUGACACCCACUUUCCCCCUUAGAGCAGCGAAACUGCCCCCUCCUGCCCGCCCUUGCCUGUCGGUGAGGCAGGUUUUUACUGUGAGGUGAACGUGGACCUGUUUCUGUUUCCAGUCUGUGGUGAUGCUGUCUGUCUGUCUGAGUCUCGUGGCCGCCCCUGGACCAGUGAUGACUGAUGAAUCUUAUGAGCUUCUGAUUGAUCUCGGGGUCCAUCUGUGAUAUUUCUUUGUGCCAAAAAGAAAAAAAAAAAAAGAGUGGAUCAGUUUGCUAAAUGAACAUUGAAAUGCUUUAUGUGUGUUUUCUGUAAAUAAAAGAGUGCAAUAA